CAUGAUGCCUUUAUGCCAUACUUGAGGAGGAUAAACACAACUGCAACGAAGACUUAUGCCAGCAGGACAUUCCUUUUCCUGAAAAAAGACGGCACUUUGAAGCCAUUGGCAAUCGAGUUAAGCUUACCACAUCCAGAUGGUGAUCAAUAUGGUGCUGUUAGCAAAGCAUAUACACCAGCUGAAGAAGGUGCUGAAAGCACCAUUUGGCAGCUGGCCAAAGCUUAUGCGGCUGUUAAUGACUCUGGCUAUCAUCAGCUAAUUAGCCACUGGUUGAAUACUCAUGCUGUUAUUGAGCCAUUUGUGAUAGCAACAAACAGGCAGCUAAGUGCGCUCCAUCCAAUUUACAAACUCCUGCAGCCUCACUUUCGUGAUACUAUGAACAUAAAUGCCUUCGGUAGGCAGGCUCUCAUUAACGCCGAGGGCAUUUUGGAGAUGACCGUUUUCCCAGCAAAGUUCGCCAUGGAAAUGUCAUCAGUAGUUUAUAAGCAUAACUGGGUUUUAACUGAGCAAGGGCUCCCAGCAGAUCUCAUCAAGAG